GGAAGUCUCCUCACAGUCAAUGUGUUGUCAUGGCGGCGCCUGGAGCUUCGCAUCUGUCCGCGGCAUGUCCAUUCUUCCCUGGUUACCGACCCUUCGACCCCGUGUCUGUGGGAUUGGAAGCUAGCUUCCGCCUCACCUCCUUUUCGGACCUGAAGGGAUGAGGCUGCAAAGUCCCGCGGGAGACACUGCUCAGGCUCCUGACGGGACUUACGGAGGAGGAGGCGGCGGUGUCCGGGGGUGCCAUUCGGGACCCGGAUGUGCCUUGUGCAGGACAGGACGGGGGACAGAACCGGCUAGGUAUUGGGUUGGACUCCUGCGUGAUCCCACUCCGGCACAGAGGACUUUCCCUGGUUCAGACCACUGAUUUUUUUUAUCCAUCUGUUGAGGAUCCUUACAUGCAGGGCCGCAUAGCCUGUGCCAACGUGCUGAGUGACUUGUAUGCCAUGGGAAUCACCGAGUGUGACAACAUGCUUAUGCUGCUGAGUGUCAGCCAAAAGAUGACCGAAGAGGAGCGUGAGAAAGUGACCCCGUUGAUGAUAAAGGGGUUUCGUGAUGCAGCAGAAGAGGGCGGCACAUCUGUGACAGGGGGACAAACCGUGGUCAACCCGUGGAUUAUCAUUGGAGGGGUGGCUACUGUUGUUUGCCAAGCAAAUGAAUUCAUCAUGCCUCAGAAUGCCGUCGCAGGAGAUGUACUCGUUCUCACCAAGCCCUUAGGGACACAAGUCGCUGUCAAUGCACACCAGUGGUUGGACAAUCCAGAGCGAUGGAAUAAGAUACGUUUGGUUGUGAGCAGAGAGGAUGUGGAGUUGGCAUAUCAGGAAGCCAUGUUCAAUAUGGCUACGCUAAACCGCACAGCUGCAGCUCUGAUGCACACCUUUAAUGCUCACGCUGCCACAGACGUAACAGGCUUUGGGAUUUUGGGUCACGCUCAGAACCUGGCCCAAGAACAACACAACGAGGUCAGCUUUGUGAUCCACAACUUGCCUAUCAUUGCCAAGAUGGCCGCUAUCACUAAGGCAUGUGGGAACCGUUUUGGACUACUGCAAGGGACAUCGCCAGAAACAUCAGGUGGUCUAUUGAUCUGCCUCCCGCGGGAACAGGCAGCUCGCUUCUGUGCUGAAAUCAAGUCCCCCAAGCACGGAGAGGGCCACCAAGCAUGGAUUAUCGGCAUAGUGGAGAAGGGCAACCGGUCAGCCCGCAUCAUUGAAAAGCCACGGAUAAUCGAGGUUACGCCAAGGGGAGCUGCUUCUAGCGAUAACAGCAGCAUGACCAGCUUAGAUGGACCAUGUUAGAAAAGACAGACCAGUGCCUGAAACAUGACUUGAAGACUUACAUAUGGGGCAGCCGGUGCUGUGGGGCCCCAGAAGUAGAUUAUUUUAUUUCAAAUUGGGUUGGAAAUUUGAAUCAAAUGGCUCUAUUGCCUAAUCAUUGUUUUACUGACAUGAUGGGGAUUGAAGACUUUUUUUUUUUUUUCUUAAUAGAAAGUCCGUGGGGCAAUGGACCUUUCUUUAUCACCUCCACCCUUGGGCCAGAACUGAGCAGCUGGAUCCUUGGAAUUCUGGAGGUAUAGGGUAGUAAGAGGGCAAUUUGUAUUCGCUCCUCCUUCUGUCUAUGAUGCUGCUUCCUGUUAAACCCUACAGGGCUGGAAGUGGUGGAAACAAAGUGAGAAAGGGGGAUGUCUGAAUGUGGCCACUGUACAACCUGGCGUUAAGACUUUCCUAAAGCAUUCAAUAAACCUCAUGUUUGUUAGAAAACAA